CCUUUUCCCUACUUGCUCGUUGUCCAGUCAUCUCCAAGGUUGCCCUAGUUCCUUCCACCCGAGUUCGUUGACUCGUACCGCCCUUGUCCCGGCACUGCAGUCCUUGACCAGCACUACAGAAGCUGGGGUAGGAGCAGAAGAGCACGACAGUUCGUUCGCUAGGCCUCGACAAUUAUUGUUAUUGUAAGGUGCUACUGCAGGGGCUGCUCAAACUGUCCUAGUCCUUUCCGUCAGUCAGUCUCACAAAAAGCCGCCGCCUAUUCGUACCCUAAACGUCCCGGUUCACUUGCCCGUAGCCCCGUUUUGAAGGCAAUAUACCGUAAGCGCCAGACAGCACAGACAGUCACGAUGGUGUGUCCUAUGCGGGUGGUUCUGGUGGUGGUGUCGGCGUUCAUCGCGGGCUACAUGACAUGGCGGUCGUGGAAGAGCGUAGAUGACGUCGACGGCCUUCGCCUGUCUGACUCCUCGGAAAGUUGUUUCGGGUCUGGCGAUGGAAGCCCGGGGAACGAAGUAGCGGCAUCGUCGGAGCCUCUGCUCCGGUCAGGCCGGGGGAAAAGCAAGAAGAGCCAGACCAUCUGGGCGCAAAUGUGGGCCGUGCUCCUGUCAAUUUUCGACAUGGGGUCGGGACGCUAUCUGUACGCGCUAUGGGCUGCUAACAAGGAGCAGGAGAAGAGCAGUCAACAACAAUCCCAACAGCAGGUCGCUGCUGGUGAUGCUCCUGCUGUUCCCUGCCAAUGAUGCCAGAAAAAACAUGGUCCUGUAUUUAACUAGCUUCCGCUCUGAUUCCAGACCUUGUGGAAAUGGGGUAUUUGGAUUGUAUACUGUAUCGUUAUUGCCUAACAAGGGCUUGUUUGUUCACUAGUUGACACAUGACCUGCUACUCGUAAC